CUGGUACAGGGGGUGGGCGGGGUUGUCCAUGGGAUGGGCGUGUGUUACUAGAGGGGAGGAGCCGCUGUUAUCUCGGGCCCGUUGGACGCUCCGGAUGAGGCGCAGUAUGCAGUCUGCUCUGCUCCUCCUCAUCGUGUGUACUGCCGGGUGGUGUGCUGGCCGGGAGGUGAAGGUUCCUGGGGGCCCCCUGUACCGUGUGGAGGGGGUGGCGGUCUCCAUCCCCUGUAAUGUCAGUGGCUAUGAGGGCCCGGCGGUGCAGAACUUUGAGUGGUUUGUGUACCGUCCCGGGGCUCCCGACAUCUCCAUUGCCAUUGUCAGCACAAAGGACCCCAACUUCUCCUACGCUGUCUUCAGGCCGCGAGUCGCCAGCGGAGACGUCUCCAUCCACCGCCUUGGCGCGGACAGUGUGGAACUCCGCAUCCAGCGCCUGCGCAAGGAAGAUGAAGGCGUCUACGAGUGCUACACGCCAACCACCGACGCCCGCUACCUGGGGAGCUACAGCGCCAAGAUCGCCAUGACGGUGCUCCCGGACACCCUGCAGGUCUCUUCUAAAGGGAUGAAUAAGGGUCGUGUGUCGUCCCCGCUGCAGCUCCACCUGGUGGAGGGGCGAGAGCUGCACCUGUCCUGUUGGGCGCUGGCCACCACUUCGCAGCACACCCACCUCUCUGUGUCCUUUGGGGUCAGCGCCCCCGGCGCUCCAGUUGGACGGGACACUCUGCAGGACAUCAUUUCUGUGCGCUGGGACUUCAGCGUGGAGCCGGCCCGCUACAGGGAGCGCUACCUCAAUGAGGAGAUCCGGGUGGAGAAAACUGCCAACUCCACCUACAAAAUGGUGAUUGCCCGGCUGCGGCCACAGGAUGCCGGCACCUACCACUGCACCGCCGCCCAGUGGAUCCAGGACCCGGACGGCGGGUGGCAGAAGAUCUCUGAGAAGAGGUCGGUGCUGGCCCAGGUGUCGGUGCAGACAAUCGACUCCCAGCUGCAGGUCUCGUCCAGGCCUCGAGAACUGCACGUCCAGUCUGGAGACACCCUGGAGAUGUUCUGCAAUGUGUCCAUGCUGACACCCCCUCCCCUGGACCUCGUCUUCUCCGUGCAGUGGUGGGUGACAUCUACCACUGAUUCUCCAGGACAUUUGGUGGCGUCCGUGAGUGCCGAGGGAGCGGUGCAGCUGGGAGAACAGUACGUGGGGCAAGACGUGGGAGCGAGACACCUUUCUCUGGAGAAGAUCUCCCCCUCCCCGGGCACCUUCCGCCUCAGAAUAUACUCAGCUCAACCUGGAGACACCGGUGCCUACUACUGCCAGGUGACUGCAUCUGUCACCUACCCUGGAGCCCGGCAAGAGGAAGUGUCCACCAAGACCUCACCGAGCCUGACAGUGCUGAUGAGACCGCAGGACAUUGUUGUGAAGGCCUUCGUUGUGCUGGACUCCACCUCCAUCUAUCGUGGUGACACGGCGGUCUUGCUCUGUAAUAUCUCUGUGGACGCCCCAACGCCAUCUCUUCAUGUCGCGGUCGGCUGGUGGGUGGAGCUGAUUGGAAAGGAGCCACAUGAGAGAACAGGCAGACUGGUGGCAUCGGUGACCCGCCAGGGUGUGUCUGAGGUAGGGGCUCGUGUCUCUGGGGAGCUGAGCACAGACAAGGUGGGAGCGGAGUGCCACCGACUGCGUCUCUACAAUGUCCAGGCUGAGGACGAGGGAUCCUAUCACUGUGUUGUCACCGCCUGGCUCCAGUACCCCGACCACAGCUGGUACAAUGCCGCCUCCACCAAGUCCAAUAUCAUCAGACUCUACCCCUAUGCCCCAGCCCGUGAUCUGCUCCUGAUCCCCCUGAUCGGCGGUUUUGCCAGCGCACUGGUCGUCGGUAUCACCAUCUUGUCUACGGUCACCUGCUGCUAUAUCCGACAUCUGCGUAUACGGAAGAGGUGAAGGAGCAUCCAGGGGGGCCACACUUCUCCUCAUAUGGUGCAUGGACACCAUAUCUUUGUCAUGUGACUUUCAGAACGUCUCUCCUGCACUGAUGAUGUCAUCCUCAUUAAGCCCCGCCUCCCCUCAGCCAAUGGCGGUGCUUGUUAACAAUCCUUACUGCUACAUGUGAUUGGGGGCGGGGCUCCUGUGACUUCAGCGCCCUGGGCGGGGCCCUGUGUACAAACACCCAAUAAAAUGUGAAGUUUCUGA